AUGUUCCCAGCAAGAAGGGGAUUGCAUACUACUUCUAGAGCAUGUGCCAGGACGAGAUUCACCAAACCUAAACCCAAACCAGCCAAGAGAGAGAACGUUAGACUACCUACCCAGAGGACCCAUCACGAUAAUGAUUUAAAGAUUACAGCUCCUAUUCCACCGGCUGCUGCCAAUUUGACAUGUCCAGAUGAUCAUCCUUUAUGGCAAUUUUUCUCCGAGAAGAAGUUUUUAAGAACGCCCGAGGAAUUGGAUACGCUUUCGAGACCUUGGACCAUCCCAGAGUUGAGAAGAAAAUCGUUCACUGACCUACAUUCUUUGUGGUACACAUGUUUGAAAGAACGUAACGUAUUAGCACGUGAAAACCAUUUGGUGCAGUUCAACUUUGAAGCACAAACCGAAGCAUACCAAGAUAUCUCCGAAAAGAUCAGAACGACAAUGUGGAGAAUAAGACACGUCCUUAGCGAACGAGACUGGGCAUUCAAGAUAGCGAAUGAGAAAUUUGCUGUUGAAAAACAAGUAUUUAUCGAAUCAUUCGAAAAAGACUUUUUAGAAGCUCCUGCUAACGAAGAUGAAGAGAUUUUCGAAUCAUUGCAACGUUUUCAAUAUGCCAUAUACGGUAUCUCUGAGUACAUCGAUGAGAACAAAGUGGACAGAACAUUUGUGGAUGGAUUGAAAGCGGUUGCAACAUUGAAGUUAAAGAAAUUUGCACUAAGAAACGAGGACAUCAAGAACUUUUUAGAAGAAUCUAACAAUACAAUUGUGGAUGCAGGUGAAUCCUUCCUUCUGUAUACAUCAGAAAACACAGAAUCUGCCAUCGCAGAAGCAUGUCAAGCGGUAAGGGAGUUGAGAGAAAAUGGCUCCUCUGUGUCUAGAUACGAUGAAUUGGAAACUGUUCAAGAAUAUGUUAAUAAAUUAGCUGAGGCUCAAAUGGCAAAGGUAACAGAAGCGGAAAUACAGCUGCAAGAAGAAGAUGCAAAAAACAACGCUAAUACACUAUGA